AGGCUACCAUGCCUGUAGUAGUCCGGACCAGGACCCAGUCUACGCCUGUCAGGAACCAUUGGAGAGCCGAAGAGAACAAAGGAUACCAGUUAAAUAAAAUAAAGAUCCUUCUGCCUCAGAUAAGAGCCUGCAGCAUUGGACCAGAGCAGAUCCAGAGAAAAAUCAAGUGACUUCACCGCAAUUAAACGUUUCCCCGAAGUCCGGUGCCCUCUACAUCCCAUCAUGCCGUUGGUAAUAGUCCACUCCAACCCCCUGUUUUGGCUGCGUAUGGCGGCGAUGGCCUUCUCCUGCGUGGCGUUCUCGGUGGCCGUCCACGGCGCCUACCUUAGCCACGGCACGGGGGACUGGUGCAUCUUCUGCUGGGCCUUCAGCUUCGCCGGCUCCCUGGUCAUCCUCCUGGUGGAGCUGUUUGGCCUGCAGACGCGCGCCCCCGUCUCCUGGAAGAACUUCCCCAUCACCUUUGCCUGCUACGCCGCCCUCCUCUGCCUCUCCGCCUCCAUCAUCUUCCCCCUCUACUUCCUGAAGGGGGAAACGCGGAGCAGCGAGAUCCGCGACUACCGCAUCGUGGCCACCGUCUUCUCCUGUCUGGCCACCGUGGCCUACAUGAGCGAGGUCAGCGUCAGUAAGGCGCGGCCGGGCGAGGUCGCCGGCUACAUGGCCACCGCGCCGGGCCUGCUCAAGGUGUGCGAGACCUUCGUGGCCUGUAUCAUCUUCGUCUUCAUCAGUGACCCCGUGGGCUACGACCAGCACGAGGCUCUCAAGUACUGCCUGGCCGUCUACUGCAUCUGCUUCAUCCUGUCGGCGGCCAUUAUCGUGCUGUGCAUCUGCGAGUGCACCGGUUGCCUGCCCUUCCCCUUCGCCCGCUUCUUGUCGGCAUACGCCCUUGUGGCUGUCCUCCUGUACUUCUCAGCCACUAUCAUUUGGCCCAUCUUCAAGUUUGACAGGAGGCACGGGGGCACAUCAAGACCCCCAGGCUGCAGCUCCUAUGUGGGACUUUGCACCUGGGACAAGGUGAUGGCUGUGUCCGUGCUGACCGCAGUUAACCUGAUCCUCUAUGUGGCAGACCUGAUCUACUCGGCUAGGCUUGUCUUUGUCAGCGUCUAAGGGAGGGGAGGAAGAGGGAUGGAGAGACGGGAUGAAAAGAGAGAGAGAGCUGGGGAUUGAUGUGCGAGGGUAGGAGAAAAAGGGGACAAGGGGUUGAAGCGCAGCAUGAGAAAGUAUUAGUUCAAGAAGGAGAAAUAAAUGGCUUACUGUGCUUUGCUUCAUGUAGCUGUCAAUGUCC